AUGUUCGCCAACGCGCUCAAGUCGAUUUCGUCGACAAACAUCACGUCCAACUACACCAUCUCGACCACGCUUACGUCGACCGCGGGGCCAUGGAAGAUCUACCCGGCCAAGAACAAGAAGACGGGCAAGGAGUGCUCCGUCUUCGUGUUCGAUAAGAAAUCCCUCGAUGCCCACCGCAGCGGCAUGAACCGCGCCGAGGUCGCCGAGUUCAAGCGUGCCGUUGACGCCGUGAUUGAGCGCUUGAAGAAGGAGGCCUCCGCCCUUGCGAAGCUGCGACAUCCGGGCAUUCUGGAGGUGGUUGAGCCGGUCGAGGAAACAAGAGGCGGGGGUCUGCAGUUUAUGGCCGAGGCAGUGACGGCUUCGCUGUCGGGCUUGUUGCAAGAGAAGGAUGAUCAAGAAAGAGGAGGAUCGGGGGGUAGGACAAGCCGAUAUGUGACGGAGGAUGCGGAUGGGAACCGCAGGAGGAGGGAGCUUGAGAUCGAUGAGUUGGAGAUUCAGAAAGGGCUAUUGCAAGUCAGCAAGGCUCUGGAGUUUCUCCAUGACAAUGCUGGUCUUGUCCAUGGUAAUCUGACACCGGAUGCCAUUCUCAUUAAUGGCAAGUCGGAUUGGAAGCUGAGCGGGCUAUCUUUCUGCGGGCCCCUCGACAACUCGACGUCCAGCAGCUCCAUCCAACCCAUCAACCUACGAGAGGUGCUCCGACACACACCCGCGCUGCCUCGAACCGUACAACUCAACCUCGACUACACCUCGCCCGAUUUCGUCAUCGACAAUAACCUAAACGCAUCCGCGGACAUGUUCAGUCUAGGCUUGUUGAUCAUUUCGCUGUACAACUCUCCCCAUAAAUCCCCCCUCUCGACCAACGGCAGUCUCUCGGCCUACCAACGUCUCUUCCAGUCCUCUCAAAGCAUCCCGAACGCGAACAACAGCUUCCUUUCCUCCCGACCGCUUCCCAAGGACCUCACCAACCACGUCUUACCGAGGCUCAUCACACGACGGCCGGCGCAACGGAUGACGGCGGGCGAGUUCCAGCAGAGCGAGUUCUUCAACAACAUCCUCGUCUCCACCAUCCGCUUCCUCGAUGCAUUCCCGGCCAAGACGCCCAAUGAAAAGUCGCAGUUUCUCAGGGGCCUGAUGAAGGUGCUGCCGUCAUUCCCCAAGUCGGUAAUGGAAAGAAAGCUGCUUCCCGCGCUUCUCGAUGAACUAAAGGACAAGGAGCUCAUUUCCUUAAUCUUACAUAACGUUUUCAAGAUUAUUGAGCUCUUGCCGUCUGGGAAGAGGGCGUUUGGGGACAAAGUUCGGCCGAGCCUCAAGGAGAUAUUUGUCACCAACGCCAAACAGACGCAGGAGAAGGACCCAGCUCGCGAUGCUGGGUUGAUGGUUGUGAUUGAACAGCUCCCUGUCAUUGGGGAGAACUGCGGAGGAAAGGAGUUCAAGGACGACGUUUUGCCCAUCAUCUUCAACGCUCUAGAAGCGCCAACUCCUUCGCUCGUGGACGCGGCACUCCGUAGUCUCCCAUCAGUCUUGCCUCAGCUUGACUUUAGCACCAUCAAGAAUGAACUCUUCCCCGUGAUUGCGGCCAUCUUUAGCAAAACCAAUAGCCUCGCCAUCAAGGUCAGGGGGUUGCAAGCGUUUGUCACACUAUGUGGGGGCUCCAACGACUCCGGCGGCGAUGACGGCCUGGAUGGCCUGGCUCCGCAAAAGAAGAAGGCGACCUCGUCUACUGCUCUCGACAAGUUCACGAUGCAAGAGAAGAUCGUGCCUCUGAUCAAGGCCAUCAAAACCAAGGAACCCGCGGUGAUGAUGGCUGCGCUCAACGCUCUACGGGUGAUUGGUAGGGUAGCCGACGCCGAAUUCGUUGCCAUGGAGAUUCUCCCCAUCCUCUGGAGCAUGAGCUUAGGCCCGCUUCUCGACCUCAAGCAGUUCCAGGCUUUCAUGGAACUCAUCAAGUCCCUCUCGAGCAGGGUGGAGGAUGAACAGACCAAAAAGCUGCAGGAACUGUCCGGCGGUGAUGCCAACGGGACCGCUCUGAAAGACGACUUCAUGUCCUUCGGCCCAGUCGCCGGCGCGUCCUUUGACGCCAACGGGGCCACAGAGACGGACUUUGAGUCCCUCGUUAAGGGCGGCCCCAGCGGUGCCUCGACGACCAAUCCCAUGGAUUCCGGGUGGGACAACGUGGUAUCCAACGCACCGCUCACCUCCCCGACCUCCGGCAGCCGGAAAUCCACCCCAACAGCCGCCUUCUCCUGGUCCACUCCUCCCGCGGCCCCGGCAGCCACACCGGCGAGCAAGCUGGGAGCCGUCAAGGCCCAGCAGCCCGGCUUCAGAACAGUCACGCCCGACCUUGCCAGCUUCCAACCCAUCGCGCCGACCGCUACCCAAUUCUCCCAACCCCUCCAACCCGCUUCCAAACCAACAGCCGGCUUAUCCUCCACGCCCCUCUCACCACCAUCCACAUCUAUCAACUGGGGCGCGGCCUCAACAACCACCAAUAACAACAACAACAACAGUAAUAACCUCUGGUCAUCCCCAGCAACAACCCAACAGCAACAACAACAACCCAUAUCCACCUUCACCUCCCUCUCCCUCGGCCAGCAACAACAGCAGCAGCACCGACAAUCCCCCCCAACCCAAACCCACCAAACACCCUCUUUCUCACUCCCCCCACCCCCAGGCGCCAGCACCGGCACCGGAACCGGCGGCACUUCCAACAACGCCUUCUCCAGCUUCAGCCUGGCUCCUCCGCCGGGCGUGACACAACAACCGACACAGGCGCCGCGACCACAACUCACGACGACGAUGUCGACGCCUGCUUUUGGGGGGUUGGGCGGUGGUGGGUUGGGUAAUAAUAUGAGUAGUCUUGCUUCGUUGGGGGGGAGUGGGGGGGGUAACUCGGGGAUGGGGAUGGGUAUUGGUGCGGGUGCGAGUAUGAAUAGUAUGAUGGGGAUGGGAAUGGGACAGCAGCAGCAGCAACAGCAGAAACAAAAUCAGGGUUUUGGGCAAGGCCAGGGACAGGGACAGGGACAGGGACAGGGUCAAAGGUCGGGGUUGGAUAAAUAUGAGAGUUUGUUGUGA